AAAUCAUGAAUCUCCUUCUUCUGCUGAGUUUCAUUCUUUUCCCAGGGCUUGAAGCCAAAUCUUUAACCUAUGAUUACUCCUCUAGCAUUGAAUGUUUAGAGCACCCUCAAAAGCCCCAGUAUGGUGGAGGAAUCAUCAAAAACCCAGAACUGAAUAAUGGACUAAAAAGUUGGACUGUGUUUGGGAGCGCGAGAAUCGAACACAGAGAAUUAAGAGGCAACCAUUUUAUUGUGUCCCAUAGCAGAAAUAAUCCCUAUGACAGUGCCUCCCAAAAGAUUUUUCUGAGAAAGAAUAGGCUCUACGCAUUAUCUGCAUGGAUACAAGUAAAUGAGGGAGAUGUAACAGUAAGAGUAGUUUUCAAAACACUCAAUGGAUUCAAACAUGCUGGAGCCACAACUGCUAAAUCAAAUUGCUGGUCUAUGCUUAAGGGUGGCUUCACAGCAGAUUCAUCAGGACCGGCUGAGCUCUAUUUUGAGAGCAAUAACACAUCUGUGGAGAUAUGGGCAGAUAGCAUUUCCAUACAGCCAUUCACAUACAAACAAUGGAGGUCUCAUCAGUAUCAAAGUAUUGAAAAGACACGCAAGAAAAGAGUACUAGUCCAAGCAGUCGAUGAACAAGGCAAUUCACUGCCAAAUGCAACCAUUUCUAUUGAACAGAAGAUCCCAAAUUUUCCAUUUGGUAGUGCAAUAAACAAAAACAUCCUCAACAAUGAAGCGUACCAGAAUUGGUUCACUUCUCGAUUCACAGUCGCCACAUUUGAGAAUGAAAUGAAGUGGUACAGCACAGAACGCAACCAAGGACAAGAAGACUACUCAACAGCAGAUUCCAUGCUUAAGUUUGCCAAGCAGCACAAUAUUGCAGUUCGUGGCCACAAUGUGUUUUGGGAUAAUGCUCGUUACCAACCUGGUUGGGUCCCUUCCCUGCCACCGGAUCAGCUUAACUCAGCGGUUGAGAAGAGGCUAAGUUCAGUAGUGUCAAGGUACAAAGACCAACUUAUUGCUUGGGAUGUUGUCAAUGAAAAUAUGCACUUCAGGUUCUUGGAAAGUAAAUUAGGAAAUAAUGCUUCAGCUAGGAUUUACAAUGAGGUUCACAAGAUUGAUGGGGAAACCACUUUGUUUCUGAAUGAGUUUAACACUAUUGAGGAUAGUAGAGAUGGUUCAUCAACCCCAGCAAAGUAUAUCAAAAAGAUCAGGGAAAUCCAAAGCUAUAGUAACUAUUGUGGAUUCACAAUUGGAAUAGGGCUUGAGUCUCAUUUCUCUACUCUGAACUUGCCUUACAUGAGAGCUGCUAUUGAUACUCUUGCUGCCACUGGAUUGCCAAUUUGGCUCACAGAAUUGGAUGUUACAAGCCAACCCAAACAGGCAGAGUAUUUAGAGGAGAUUCUGAGAGAGGCAUACUCUCAUCCAAAGGUAGAGGGAAUUGUAAUGUGGACAGGGUGGAGUCCACAAGGCUGUUAUAGGAUGUGUUUGACUGAUAACAAUUUCAAAAACUUGCCUACUGGGGAUGUUGUGGAUAAGCUUCUUCAAGAAUGGAGGGCUUCAGAAUUUGCAGCAGGGAAGACAGAUCCUAAUGGCUUCUUUGAAGCCUCCCUUUCACAUGGUCAUUACCAAGUCAAAGUUACUCAUCCGGUUCUCAAUAAUUCCACUUCGGUAUUAUGGGUUGACAGUGUCUCAUUACAACCAUUCACCAAAACAGAAUGGAGGUCACACCAAGACUACAACAUUGAGAGGGUUCGUAAGAGAAACGUGAGAUUUCAGAUACUGCACACCAAUGAAACAACAUUGGAAGGAACUACAGUGCUAAUCAAUCAAAUAAGAUCAGGUUUCCCAUUUGGUUGUUGUAUAAACCACAAUAUUCUCACAAGCAAAGACUACCAAACCUGGUUCGCAUCAAGGUUCAAAUACACAACUUUCACCAACGAGAUGAAAUGGUACAGUACAGAAAUAAAGCAAGGCGAAGAAAACUACACUAUUGCAGAUGCCAUGUUAGCGUUCACCAAGCAGCACAACAUUGCUGUGAGAGGCCACAAUAUUUUCUGGAACAACCCAACACAACAGCCUCAAUGGGUCAAAUCUCUAUCUUCGGAGGAAUUGCAGAAAGCAGCAGAGAAAAGAUUGAAUUCUGUGGUUUCAAGAUACAAAGGGGAGCUCAUUGCUUGGGAUGUGGUCAAUGAGAAUCUCCACUUCAGCUUUUUUGAGGAUAAACUGGGCAGAAAUGCUUCUGCAGAAUAUUAUUCCAAGGCUUACAAGCUUGACCAAAAGCCAAUCAUGUUCAUGAAUGAGUACAAUGCUAUAGAGUACAGCGGGGAUAAAGCAGUGAUCCCAGAUAAAUACAAGAAGAAACUUGAGGAGAUUCUGUCAUAUCCUGGAAGCGAAGGAAUAUCAGUAGGAAUAGGAUUGCAAGGUCAUUUUGUUUCAGGCCAACCAAACCUUGCUUACAUGAGAUGUGUUCUAGAUUCUCUAGCCACAACUAAACUACCCAUAUGGCUCACUGAAGUCAGUGUAGAUAAAGGCCCGAACCAGGCAGAUCAUGUGGAGGAGAUACUAAGAGAGGCUUAUGCACAUCCUGCAGUCGAAGGGAUCAUAACUUUCUCUGGUCCAGCUAUAGCUGGUUUCAAAGACAUGCAACUUGUGGAUGAAAAUUUCCACAAUACUCCAGUUGGUGAUGUCGUGGACAAGCUUUUGAAUGAGUGGAAGUCUGGGUCUGUGCAAGCCAAAGCAGAUAGCAGAGGAUUUGUGGAUGUUUCGCUGUUCCAUGGAGAUUAUGAUGUUACUGUCAUACACCCAGUGAUCAAAUCCUCCAAAACACUGAAUCUUAGUGUAAAGAAACAGGCUCCACAGGAAAUUGUUCAAAUUCAUAUAUAGAGAAAUACAAAAGCAUUAAGAAAAUGAAUAGUCUACCCUCUUUGUUCAAAUGCAAUGGAGGUUUAAUAUCUAAUGAUAAUGAUUGAUAGUUGAGGUUUGGGCUUUCCUUAAAAGACUAGUCUUUUGACAUGGGUUGUCAAUUUCAUAUACAACUAUCAAGGUUAAGGAGUUA